AUGAAGAUCCAAGGAAGUGUAGCCAUUGUUACCGGAGGAGCACAAGGAAUCGGGAAGCAUAUUUGCAGAGCGCUCUUGUCAAGAGGUGGUAAAGUAAGCGUCACUGCAGGGUCUUGUUGUUUAGAAUUGUUUACAUUGUGAAACAACUGAUAGCAGCGCAGAUAUGUGCUUGAAUUGUGAGUCAUGCAAGCGCAAGGAGGCUAAGAAAUUAUUUCGACAUUGCGUGUAAGCUUAAGUUUUCAAUAGACGCUAACCGCCUUGUAUAUUUCUCGGGAUUUUUGUCUCCGCUGAAGUUUGCGACGGGAAGGUUCCCUCCCGGGGGGGGGUGGAGUCCAUGGCGGAUCCAGGGGAGGGGCCCGGGGGGUCCGCCCCCCUUAUUUUUAUACCAGACUGAGGCCCAAAGGACUGAAAAAACAUUUUUUUGAGACUAGGACCCCCCCUUAUCUCAGGUUCUGGAUGAACGGGCUCCCCCCUGAUCUGAAGGUCUGGAUCUAUGGCUGAAAGUGACAGGGAUGCUUGUCAGAAAAUUAAAAUUAAAUCCCUAAGGGAGACCAAUGUAGGUGUGGCUUUUGAGCCUAAAGGAGACAAAGCUAAAACAGAUGUAACAACAUUUUUUGAAACUUUCCUUAUGUGUAGUCCUAAAAGAUACCUGAAUGGGCAAAUAUAUUGACUUUCCCUCCCAACAACCCUAUGUGAGACCAAAAUUUGCAAUUUACACCCCUAAAAGAGACGACGAGCAUCACUUUUAUAUGGGAGUCUCCCCUCCCGGGGGCUCCCUCCUCUACAAUUAAAAAAACACUGGGACAAGUCUAUUCAAAAGGAACUACUGGUCUUGAACUGUAAGCUUAGAACAAAAAUAUUAAUAAUUAAUACAAAUCAACAAUGCCAACAACAACCCAAAAAACUAAGACAUGUCACUAAAAUAUUCUCCCUUCUUUGUGCUUACUCCCUCCUUUUGGCAAAACAAGGAGGUAAAUGACCACCAGCCACCUUGUGGUAGUCUCCCUCACGGCCAUUUUUUGGAUGUCAUGGAACGUUAAUGUUGCAAUGACAUCCAAAAAACGGCUGCAAGGGAGACUAACCUGGUGGUGACCUAAUGACCUAUUUUAUAGGCAGACGAUAUUGCUGUCGUUUUGUCACAGAUUUAAAAUCACACAAACUGGUCACCCUUUGCAUCCUAUAGAAAGUAAGAGGUAACAGCAUCACUGUAAUAUCUUCAAAUCUUCAACGUUAUUUGAGGUGUGUAAAUGUGCGCUGGGACAGAUCACUUUGCCUUUACCUAAACAAGAUGUUGAACAUCCUACCCAUGUGGAACUGGAGUUCUUUCCCCCAAUCUUGUACCCAGAUCUCAUGCUGAGAGAAUUUGAUUGAAGCAUGUGCUCUUACAUCACUUGUCACAUUCGUUACAGGUGAUCUGCAUGUACACAAAUAUGUGCACAAAUUUAUCUGAUUUCACCAGAUCUCACUUUUGGCUUUAAUUUGUUGACGAGAGGACUGGGUAUGAAAUUAACGAUAAUAAAUCCGUGUUCUCCUACACGAAUACAAAAAAUCCAACCCACCCACAAAGUGAUAAAUGUAGUACAAUGAACUAAUGAACCGUAGAAACAAAUUAUGAGAUUUGUGACUCUUUUUGGAAUAAUCAAAUGUUUAGGUUGCAAUAUUUGAUAUAGACCAAGAGAAAGGAACACAACUACAAGACAGACUGCAAAAGCAAUAUGGAACAGGAGAAGUAAAGUUUAUCACCUGUGAUGUUACAUCAGAAUCACAGAUGACAGGUGAAUAGCAUUUCAGAUUUAAAUUCUGAGAAAUAAGUUGGAUCUUUUUGCUAUAAAAAGACAUGAUUUAAAAUUGAUUUUGCAGGAGAUUAUUAAAACUUCUUUAAACUUAUAUUAAGAAUAGGUGAGUUGGAGCUGACGGGUUCUUGUUCAGAUGAUGAAACCACAAAUUAUUACAACUUUCAGUCAAAGUGUAGACCUUAUUGUAAUGUACUGCAUCAGACUUUCACAUUUGCCAUAGCUUAAUUAUUAAGCUAUGACAAAUGUGAAAGUCUGAUACAGUACAUUACAAUAGAACUGAGGCUGCAGUUUUGCUCAUUCAGUUGACAAAAGCUUUGGAUUGCAGGUUAAGGGUUCAGUCCCUUGAGGGACUAGUUGUCCAUUGUCUAGGGAAAACAAAGGAGGGUCAUCACAAGAGAACAUACCUUCAUGUGGGUGGCUCAAUAAAAUCUGGCCACAUUCUUGGCUCAUUCAGUUGACAAAAGCUUUGGAUUGCAGAGUGGGAGGUUAAGGGUUCAAUCCCAUGAGGGACUAGUUUUCUAUUAUCCAGGGAAAACAAAGGAGGGUCAUCAUUUGCUCUGGAAGAGGCUAUACCUUCAUGCGUGUGGCUCAAUAAAAUCUUGGCCCCAUUAAACUGGUGGUAGUCCUUUCUCCAGUAGUGAGGAGGUCAUCACAUUAAGUGCUUUCAUGGUUAUUUACAUCGUACUUGACUAAAGUAGAGUAUCUUCUAUGCAGACAAUGAUGUAAAUGUCACAUCUUUUUUUAGAAAUUUCCAGAAAUAGAAAGCCUUAGUAAACAUAAUCCUGCCACAAGUUUACUCUAAAAUCAGAUAUUUUGAUAUUGAUCAAUGUUUUUUUCUUUUUUCUUGCUUCAUGGAAAGAUUCAUUCAAGAAGACAAAGGAAGCAUUUGGACAAAUAAACAUUGUUUGCAAUAAUGCUGGUGUAGGUGCUUUAAGUGAAGGGGCAGAUUGGGAAAGAGUAGUGGAUAUCAAUCUGGUAAUAAUAUAAACCCUUUGUCUGUACCUCAGUUAUUGCUGGCGAAUGUUAGCAAGACAGCAUAUAAUGCUCUUUAUUUAGGAUAAAAAUUAAACCAAAAUUUUUGUUGAAAGCACUGCAGGAAUUUUAGAACAAAGGAAAAUUUACUAAGCAGGCUACAGAUUCAUUUAAGCUCUUAUAUACCAUUUACAUCUUCUAGAUGCCAGUACACACACUUUCAUGUUGAUUUUAAUCUCCUAAAUUAAACUGAUAACUGAAGAUGAUUUAAAAAGAAUUCUUCAGGGAAUUUCUGAAUUUCUAAAUUUUAUUCUUCAGAAAGGUGUGAUUCGUGGCCAGUUACUGGGAAUUCAACAUAUGGGAUGGUCACAUGGGGGAACAGGAGGAGCUAUAGUCAAUGUAGCAUCAUUGGCAGGUGCGCGCUGCUGUAUUUUUAAAUAAUAAAUCAUAAUAGACCCAUAAGUACAUAGUAUCCUAAUUUUCAGCCACAUGUAGCCCAAGCUCAAACUCAAACUAAUCAGUGAUAAGAUACUAAUAUUGCAAAAUAGCAUUCAUGACAAAUGAAAUGAAAUGAAACCAGGAUACAUCAAUUGGCUUAGUGUCAGCAUUGAAUUUGUGGCAGCUGGAACAUUUUAAGCCAAGGAUCUUUCGCCUCUCGCAUCAGCAUUCCAAACUGGAAUGUGCAGCCAUGUCCUUUUUCUUAGAGAGAGAAACUGACGGAGCUUAAACUUGUCAAAGUCACCUUCAAUCAGGAAAGAAAGGGCAAAGACGGCAAGUAACCAUGGUAUUUUUAUUGUAUAAGGUAUUUUUCUUGAGAAUUCUAUUGUAUUUAUGUUUUCUAAAGUAUAUCGUAAACAUCUGCAUACAAACUCUUAUAUUUUUGCCAUGAAUGCUAUUUUGCAAUAAUUAUUAUCUCCAAUGACUCACAUCUUGAGCUUAGGCUAGGGCUGCAGUUUUAGCUUCAUUCCAAAUGAAAUCUGGAUCUGCGCUCAAUAGCAUUUGCGGAUUUGUUAGUCACAAUCAUUUUACAUAUUUAUGUACCUAUACUUUUGUUCCUACCGGUGAUUUAUUUAUAUAAUUUAUUACCUUUUGUCUGUUACCCCAACACAGCUAUUUUUCCGAUGGGAAGUUGGCAAGCUGUGUACACUGCCACAAAAUCUGGCAUAAUGGCACUUUCAAAGAGCUGUAAGGUCAGUAAACUAUGGAUGAUAAUAUUAUUUUUAGACCAGGCAACAUUUAUGUUAACUGUCUUACAGCAAAUUUGCAGUGUUUGCAUACUUUUGGGGGUUAGCUUGAAAGCAAUUUUCCAUUGCACACUUUUCCCAAAAAUAUUUUGUCCAUUCUUCUCUACAAAAAUACAUAAAAGUAACAGACACAGAUAAAAUGGAACGACAUUUGUCAUUGAUUUCUGACUGACACCAUUUUAUCAAGCAGGGGCCUUUUUCUUGCAAAUCCCCGUAAAAAAGGAUAUUUCAUGUUUGCAUGUCAUCUAAUCCACUUUUGUGUUACCCAACUUGUAAUUUCUGAUGUGGCUUAGCUUUUAAAGUCGCAUAAUCUAUAUACAGAUUGGUGGUACGCUGCUUUACAACCAAAACUGUCCAAAACUCCAGAUAAGUUUGAAAGGCAACUUUAUUUCCAUGUUUAGGAACACCAUCCAGCUAAUCCAGAUUAAACUCGAAAAAACAGGAGUUGCAAGUCAUUUUGCAGCCAGUUUUAUUUCUUGAGUGUUUUACGGAAAUUUCAACCAUUGUUUUGUUUCCUAUAAAAGAAACUGCUCAUUGGUGGAACGACUUUUUAAAGUCAUUCCACAUAGGCCCUUAGUAUCCCAACUCAUACCUCCACUACCACUGGACAACAGCAUGGGAUGUCUAAAAAACAUACCCUUUGAAACAGCUGCUGCUAUCCUGUAAGGCUUUUAAAUCACCUUAAAUUAGUCUCCCCACCUUAUAUAGGGUAAUUGUAAUUAUUAUUAAACACCAAUCAAAUACCAACUGAGCUUUCGUGCGAAAACUUGAUAUCCUCACAUGAGAAAAUAUCACCAUUGCUAUGGCUUCAUAAUAAACCACACCUUUCAGACCAAAAAACUAUUUAAGUAAAAUGGUUUGGCAUUUCAUUGGUGUUUAUAUAAUAAAUAGAACAUUACAUGGUUGCUUGGAGAAUAUUUUUCAACACUCAAAGAGAAAUUUCGUAUCUCCGCGCGGCCAUGCAAUAUCCUCUAUAUAUGGUUAUUAUUAUUAGUAUUAAAUAUUAUUAGUAUUAAAUUUGGGUAAUAAUUCGUCUUUGAUAGGAUCUCAAAGAAACAGAAGGAGUAAGAGUAAACUGUAUCUGCCCUGGCUUCACAAAUACAGGGAUGGCAAAGAAUUUACAAUUUUUGGAUAGUGAAUCUUCAUACAGAGAAAAAGACAUCAUUUCCAAGCUUGGUUUGAUCAGGUGAGGUCACAGGCAACCACAGAAACUUUAAAGUGAAAGCCAGCCCUAAUAAAUGUGGUAGGGCAGUGCACUGGUACACGUCAACUCAGAUUCAUAUAGCUUAUGAGCUCACAGGUUGCUUAAAAUAGAAUAUAGCGUUGAUCGAAGGCACAUUAAAUUUGUCUUAUUAAAAAAGUAACAAGGUAUAGUCUUACCUUCUUACAGUCUACGAAUACAGCCGCCUCAUAUCUUGGCCUCUCUCAAGAGACAUCUGGCAAGAGAGGCCAAAUUGCAGACCUCUCUCUUGAGUAAUGUCACAUCAACAGGUGACCGUGAGAGGGAGCUGUUAAGGCCGUUUGCUAGUCAUUCACACAGUAAAAAAACCCGCCAUGCUGGAGAGCAAGGGAUGCCCUAAAACAAGACAAACAAAAGGCUCACUUCCAUCAUUUAAAGUGGUAAUUUCUUUUAUUGGUCUUGUGCUAGUGCCUCCCUGCUCUUUAAGCAUGAUGGUUUUGUACCACGUGAAUGACUAGCUUCAAAGGGUCUAUAGUUCACAGGCUAAUCUUUUAACUGACGGCCAUCUCUUCAGAAUGUCUAGAUUCUACUAUCUUAUAUGGAGCGGCUAUAAACUCUUCACUGCAACCACUUAGUUUUUGUCCUGGCAGACAGUUCAUACAGUGGUUGUUGACUAUUUAUACGGGAAAACCGGUUGGUUUAAAGUGCUAGUGAAUUAUAUUAGUGGUAAACAAAACGCAGGAAUGGUAAAUCUUUGUUCGACAAUGACGUUGAUCAAUAAUUGAUCAGCGUCAUUAUUGCACAUAUAGACGUGCAGACAGCAGAGAUGCAGAUGUGCAGAAAACAAACAGACAGACAGCUGAAAAGCAGAAAUGCAGACAAACAGACUGUACGAGAACCAGCUGUUCAGAGGGGUGGAAAGGCAUUGUAUUGGCCCAUUCAUGUCAGUUAUUGAUUAGGGCUGUGCAUAAAGAAAUUUACAAAGAAAUGCCGUGACAAAGCUCCUUUAGGGGUCAGUUAAAGCUUCAGUCACACCCACCUUGGUUUCCCUUAAGGAUUGAUUUUAAUUUUCCGACGAGCAUCCCUUUUAUAUGGGCGUUUCCCCCCGGGCAACAGACAUACAGACAGUGAACAUGCAGACAUGCAUACAGCUGACAGACAGACAAACAAGCAGAGAGAAAAGACCUGCAGAUAUGCAGACCACUUUCAGUAGAGAAACAGACAAUCAGACAGCAAAAAAGCAGAGAUACAGGCAGCAGACAAACAGACAGCAGACAUACAGGCAGCAGAGAAGCAGACAAGCGCACAACAGACCGUGGACAAGCAGACAAAGAGAAGCAGAUCUGCUUCCCUGCUGUCUGUCGUCUGCACGUCUACAGCUGUAGGGAAUCAGAUGUGCAGACAAUUGCAUACCGCAGAAAGCAAACAAGGAAACGCGCAGUCAUGGACGUCGCCACAGACCGCAGUUUAUAGCAGAAAAACAAGCAUGUAGACACGCAGACUUGCAGACAAGCAAACAGCCAACACGCAGACAGGCAGACGGACGUCACGGGUUUGAAUCCUGUUAAAAUCUUAAUUUUUUCCAGGCUUUUUUUUCACAACUGCUCAAGUUACUAAUGAUCUUUCAUAAUAUUAUGGUACUGAGAAACGGAAACUCUGAGUUGGCAAUGAGAUUAAAGCCCAUCACCUCCCAUGACACUGGCCUGGUGCUCUUAACUCUGGUACACGGCGGAACCCACAAAAUUUCAUAAAUUUCCAGUUUACAGAUAAUUUUUUUCUUUCUUGACAGUCCAGAAGAAGUUGCCAGCGGGGUUAUUCAGUUGAUUGAGGAUGAAAGCUACAAUGCAGCGGUCAUGACAGUGACCAAAACGAAGGGAAUUGAAAUAUUGGAAAAAUGGACACCAAGACUGAGAAAGUCUAGCCUCUAA